AUUAACACACAUCCGAGUCACAGCUCCGUACGCUUCACUACGUCUACCAAGCUCUGGUGAAUGUUAUAACACGACCGGCAGGUGAUCAACGAGGCACCGGAUCUUCAAAACGCCUCUGACGGUCCGUUGAGGUGCAGUGGCAACUAUGAGUUCCCCAACCAAGGAUGCUGCCCAGCCUGCACCUCAGGCCACUACCACCCCUGCCACCAAGACAGAGAAAGAGAAAGAGAAAGCAAAGCAGGAGAAGAAGAAAGUGCUGACCAAACCCCAAGGAGAGAAGUGGUCAUCCUCAAUCAAUGCUUUGCUGGCGGACCCCGAGGGAGUGGAGGCCUUCAGGGAUUUCCUGGUGGAACUGGAGAAUGAAAGUGGUGAGGCAGGUGAAUAUACCAGGUAUAUAGAUUUCUACCUGGAGUGUGAAGAGUACAAGGCCAGAUUUAAGAAGCUGGAGGAUAAAGCCAAAGAAAUUUUUGAGGAUUACUUAGCGGAAGCUGCUCACCAGUCAGUUUUAUUGCAGGUUGGAGCAGACAAGGAAGUCGGAACAGGAGGAAAAAGUGUCGAAAUUGGUGACAAAUUGGAAGAUGAGGGUCUGGAGGGGGUGAACCUUUUUGAUGAACCACAGAAAAAGGUGAAAAAAAAGUUGGCAGAUGGAGUGUACAUAAACUUCUGCUUGGAUAUCAAAAAGAAGCUGAAAUUGUAGCAUGAGCAGAACCACUCCCAUCAACAGAUGUAACAAGCAGUAACUUCUACAUCUGUGCAUCACCAUUGUGACGCUAACUAAUUAUUUGAGUCGCUGUAAAGCCAUGCCACCAAAUUAAUUGAUUAUGUACUUUCUCAGUAGAAAAAUUGUUAUCUUUGAAAUUUAAAGAGUAUAGCUGAAAAGUUAUUCAAUAUUAAUUUGUAUAGAUUUUUAAAGUUUGCUAUAAUGAGAAACAGUGUGGACUGGUUCUUCCUGACCACUUGAUCAGAAAUAGCAUUAUGAUAUCAGGUAUCAAGUGUGACAGUCCUUGGCUUGCAGUAAUAAUGAAUGUGCUUCACUUCAUGACAGUCUACUCGUCUGCACUUAAUAUCAGACCUGAUGGCUAAAUAGUGGGAAAAAUGUGAUGUGUGCCUUUUUGUCUUACGACAGAUUUUUGUAUGAAUUAAAUUUUAUUAUGAUUUUUUAUUAUUUCAGUGCUUCAUCAUUUUAUAAUAUACGCAUUUAAAUAGGUACCUGUUUUCCAGAUAGGGUGUUGCCAUACAUUAGAAUAAAGCUUGAUGAAAUGAGAUUCUCUGCUGUUUGGUAGUUGUUAGUUCUUUAACUAUUUUAUUCAUUAAUGGCAAAGGUAAUGAUUUUGAAUUAUAUAAUUCUUAUGAAAUACUCCUUGUGAUUCCAUAUGAUUGAUAUAUUCAGCAGCACAAAAAUUUUAGUUUGUGCAAGGAUCAAGUUUAGUUUGCUUCUGUGUUGCACCCCAUAGUGGCAGUACUUGGUUGCUGAGCAACAGGAGCUGAACACAAAGGUUCACAUUCACCUUCACUGGAUGUUAGGUUUUUAAUGAAAGCUCACCAAUACACUUGUCAGGUAUAAAAUUAACUCAUGAAGUGAAUCUGUAGUGUGUGCAAUAGUACUCAAUGAAUUGAAGACAAAGACAAUAGAUAUUAAGAACACUGACUUUUCUGCAGAUGUGAAGUCAAGAGAUGCAUGUCUUGCCUUAUUUUUUGACAAGUGCAAACAUCUUCCCACCACAUUUCUGAUAAUCCAUGCAUUCUGAUUAUCAUUAAUUAAAAUACACUCUUUCAGUCAUUGGCAUAUACUUGCUGCAUACAGAACUUUUUUUUAAAUCAGUUUAUGUACAAUAUGUGGUAAUUUCACUUAAGAAAAGUCAUCCAGAAGUCCAAAAAUGCUUGUCAUUAGGAAAAUUUGUAGUGUGCACUUGUUCCUAUCUUUGUGAUUUGGGAAGGUGUCUGUCCAUACUGAAAUGAUAUAUUGCUAUCAUCACUGUGAUACACUUUUUUUACGUACUUAAGUAUAUCUGUACUUAGGAACAGUUCAUGACCAUGUAGCUUUCUGACCAAUAAUGCUGCAUUUUGUUUAAACAAAAUUUCAUUAUGAGUUAAACAAAUUCAGUAAUAAAAAUGCAAAUAUUAGUUCCUAAUACAUGAGUGCAUAACCCCAGAGCCUGAAAAGUAUCUUCAUGGUAUGAACCAAACACAAACAACUGCAAGUUACAUGAAAGGUGUAACAGAAGAACACUCAACAUGCCAAUGACAGACUGGUAUUUCUGCACUUCUUGAAUCUACAAGACUAUAUGUGCUGCUUUGUCUCCACUUUUGUAUUUGAUUAAAAUGCUAAACUUAAAUAUUUAGAAUGUUACUUUUAAUGUUCAAAAAAAAAUUUGUGCACAUCUGCUAACUAGAAUAUUGCAUUGCAGUGAAAAAUUAACCAAAACAAAAUUUCUGAAUAGUGAUGAUUAGAUAAGUAUGACAACUGACUGUUUCUAAAAAAAAAAGCCUUAUUAGUGACCAAAACACAGAACUGUCAACUGAACUUGCUCUAAAAAACAGCUUAAUAUAUGUCUUAAUCAAUAUGCAUUGUUUUAUAUAUAUAUAUAUAUAUAUAUAUAUAUAUAUAUAUAUAUAUAUAUAUAUAUAUAUAUAUAUAUAUAUAUAUAUAUAUAUAUAUAUAUAUAUAUAUAUAAUUGGAAGUGUCUAAAGUAAUCUUUCCAUGGCAGAGCUUCAAGCAUGACAAAACAUGUGCCAACAUGUGGCAGUAACUACUUAAGUUGGUAGAGCAAUGUAGAGACAACUAACAUAUGGUGGUGAAGCUGUGCCAGCAUGCAUGCAUUGCUGCCAAACCUUAACUUGGCUGAGGUUACAACUAUUGAGUGGUGUGAAAUUAAUGACUUUAGUGUAAACAUGUUUGUGUGGUGCUAUCAUGCAGUUUUGGGGACAUUAGAUAUUGGCUAUCCAUUAAAAGAACAUAAAACAUGUUUAUUUAGUCAAAUUUGCAGUGAAAACUAAGCACAGUAUUAUUUUUAUGUACAAUUCUUGUGUGGAUUUUCUUUUACUUAUAAAAUUUAUAAAACUUCUUGAAAGUUGCAUAUUGUAAUGCAUUAGUUAUCUAAUAUAUAUUAGUCAUAUAAUAAAACUAGAGAUGAAGGUGAAACACAAAUAUUCAUCAAAUAAUCUGAUAAUUGUUACAUGAAUAUUAUGAAACUACAUGUGUGCUUUGUUGAUACUAAUAAAAUUUUAUUCAUAGA